UCCUCUGCCACAAACAGCCUGAGUUAAACUGAAAUACAAAGCAUCCACUUCCCCUUAAACCAGCUUUUACACCGCGAUGGAAACAACUUCAUUCCCACAUUAGCAUUUAAUAUAACAUUACACAGAGUAAGAACAAUCACCGGAGACCUCUGAAGAGUGGAAGGAACAGGAAGAAAACAACAGAAUGUUAUGGUCAUAUCAGUGGACAACAUGGAGUAUUGCAAGCAGUUUCAUAUGACUCCGCAGAGAAAAAGCUACUACAUGCACCUCUCUGAAAAAGUGUUUCGACAACAGAUAAAAAAAAAACAAAUGUCCACUUCCCCACCAACCUCUUGCGAUUGGAUGCUCCUGGUUGAACAGAAGAAUAUAAAUGUCCGAGUUACAACCAUGGAUGCUGAGCUGGAGUUUGCCAUCCUGCCCAGCACAACUGGGAAACAGCUUUUUGACCAGAUAGUGAAAACAAUCGGGCUGAGGGAAACCUGGUUCUUUGGCCUCCAGUAUCAGGACAGCAAAGGCUUCUCCACCUGGCUCAAGCUGAACAAGAGGGUGACAGCUCAAGAUGUGAAGAGGGACAACCCUUUGUUGAUUAAGUUCAGGGCCAAGUUUUACCCUGAGGAUGUCGCUGAUGAACUGAUCCAGGAGGCAACGCAGCGCCUCUUCUUUCUUCAGGUAAAAGAGAGCAUCCUAAAUGAUGACAUAUACUGUCCACCUGAGACUGCGGUGCUCUUAGCCUCGUAUGCAGUUCAGGUCAAACAUGGAGACUACAGGAAAGACUAUCACGUGCCGGGAUACCUCACAAGAGAGAAGCUGCUGCCACAGAGGGUUUUGGAGCAGCACAAGCUGAAUAAGAAUCAGUGGGAGGAAAGAAUCCAGGUGUGGCACAAAGAGCACAAGGGAAUACUGAGAGAAGACGCCAUGGUGGAGUACCUAAAGAUAGCCCAGGAUCUGGAGAUGUACGGGGUCAACUACUUUAGCAUCAAGAACAAGAAAGGGUCAGAGCUGUGGCUGGGAGUGGACGCACUGGGGCUGAACAUCUAUGACAAAAAGGACAGGAUGACCCCAAAGAUUGGCUUCCCUUGGAGCGAGAUCAGAAAUAUUUCCUUCAAUGACAAGAAGUUCCUCAUCAAACCAAUCGACAAGAAAGCUCCGGACUUUGUUUUCUACGUACCUCGUCUUCGCAUCAACAAGCGUAUCCUGGCCUUGUGUAUGGGGAACCAUGACCUGUACAUGCGUAGACGUAAACCUGACACCAUUGAGGUGCAGCAGAUGAGGGCCCAGGCCAGGGAGGAGAAGAACAAGAGGCAGAUGGAGAGGGCUCUGCUGGAGAGUGAGAAAAAAAAGCGGGAAAAUGCUGAGAAGGAAACCGAGAAGAUUGCUCGUGAGACCAUGGAGCUGAUGGAGAGACUGAGACAGAUUGAAGAACAGACAAAGAGAGCUCAAGAUGAGCUGGAGGAGCAGACUCGCAGGGCUCUUGAGUUAGAGAAGGAGAGGAAACUUGCUCAACAGGAGGCUGAGCGCCUGGACAAGGACCGAAGAGCUGCAGUGGAAGCUAAAGCAGCUCUGCUGUGCCAAUCUGAAACCCAGACCAAGAGCCAGGAAAGCCUGGUACUGUCUAUUGUUAAGUCUACCUCUAAGGCUACCCUCGUCGAAUUUAGUUCUAAAAAGCGACUAGCGACAAAUCUAGACCAUCAGGCGAUCGUGGUAGAAGCUGAUUUGGAUCGAACCAAAGAGGAGCUGAAGACUAAACUCAUGGGUGUCCACAUCCAAGAUUCAGUCGACUCUCAUGAGCACGACGAGACGGAUGAGAGCAGCGCAGAGGCAAGCGCGGAGCUGAAUUCUCCAGGCACCGUCCGUGAUCGCAGUGAAGAGGAAAGAGUAACAGAGGCCCAGAAGAACAAGAGGCUGCAAAAGAACCUCAAGUUCUUGAGCACUGAGCUGGCCGGAGCUGUAGAUGAGAGCAAAAAGACCCACAAUGACCUGAUCCAUGCUGACAAUGUGAAGGCAGGCCGUGACAAAUACAAGACCCUACGUAAGAUUCGUCAGGGCAACACCAAACAACGCAUUGAUGAAUUUGAGUCCAUGUGAGAGAGGCUGCUGUAGGCCCACUCAGACUGAAGGCAAGAUAUGGAUAGAUGAUGAAAUCGUAGGUGAAGAUUAUUGCAGAGGUAGAAAAUUCACAAAAGGUUUGCUUUUGCCAAUCAUAUUACACACAUUUGCAAUCUCAAUAUACCAACUUAUGAAAACCUUCUUAAUAUUGAUUAAUGAAAGCAAUGACAUGUAAGACACUUGUUAUUAUUCCAUCUAAAUGGUAAA